ACUUUUGUCUCCGGUAGCUACCCUGCCUUCUCGAGUCCCGUAAAUAGCGCGCAAUCAUAAGUGAAGACGGUUCCUGAGCAGAAGUCGUGUUCACAAUGGUUGGCCAGGAGAAAACAAUCCCAAAUGGAAUUAAAUUUCUGUUUGGUGGAAUGGCGGGCAUGGGGGCAACAUGCUUUGUACAGCCACUAGACCUUGUCAAGAAUAGGAUGCAAGUUGCCACAAGCAGGGAACACAAGACAAGCUUCCAUGUAAUCAAGCACAUAGUGCAGAGUGAAGGUGUGGUAGCUCUUUACUCUGGUCUGUCUGCUGGGCUGCUGCGCCAGGCCACCUACACCACCACUCGUCUUGGUAUUUACACUUGGCUGUUUGAGAAAGCCUCAGGGCCCAAUGGUGAGCCCCCAAACUUCCUGAUGAAGGCUUGCCUAGGUAUGGCAGCAGGUGUGGUGGGCUCCUUCGUAGGCACCCCUGCAGAGGUGUCAUUGAUACGAAUGACUUCAGAUGGUAGACUGCCUCCAGCUGAACGUCGCAAUUACAAGAAUGUGUUGGAUGCACUCGUGAGAAUGACUCGAGAGGAGGGUCUGUUCACACUUUGGAGGGGAGCCAUACCAACAAUGGGGAGAGCCAUGGUAGUAAAUGCUGCUCAGUUAGCAUCAUACUCCCAAGCAAAACAGGCCUUAUUGGGAACUGGCUACUUCCGAGAGAAUAUUUUCCUUCACUUUUGUGCUUCCAUGAUCUCCGGCCUGGUUACGACUGCUGCUUCCAUGCCUGUUGACAUUGCAAAAACAAGAAUUCAGAAUAUGAAGAUGAUUGAUGGAAAACCUGAAUAUAAAGGAGCAUUGGAUGUUCUUGGAUCUGUAAUACGUAAAGAAGGCUUCUUCUCCCUCUGGAAGGGAUUCACCCCUUACUACAUGCGUCUUGGCCCUCAUACAGUCCUCACCUUUAUCUUCCUUGAGCAGAUGAAUCUAAUGUACAAGAAACACGUUCUUGGAGAUUCCUCAGCCAAGGGAGGAGGAUUGUAGAUUAGACUGCAAUAUGUGAAGGCAUUCAAAAUCUCUCACUUUUUGCAAAAUAGUAAAAGAAGCAGUGCAAUAAGAAAAAGUUAAAGACAGUUUUAAGUACUGCAUAGGAUAAUUAUGUGCUUUAGACACAAAUAACACAAUUAGUUUUACCAUUCUCAUGAUUUUGAUAAUGGGAAUUAUUUCUUAGUAGAGCUAAAGAAAACACUGCUUUAUUAGACUACAUGGAAAAAUUAACUAAAACUGUGACUUCUUGAAUUGCUGCUGCUACCAUGACCAUUGCCAAUAAUACUAUAUGCCGGAAUUCCUUGCUCAGUUAUGGAACAAACUGCGAUCUCUCUCUCUCUCUCUCUCUCUCUCUCUCUCUCUCUCUCUUUAAAAUUUCAGUUAUUCAAAGGUGCAUUUUAAAUAAGGUUUUCCCAACAAGUUUUCAUAAAAUAUUCUAGGAUGAUCAUUUAUUUCAUCACUUAUAUUGCUACAUAAAAAUUAAGCACUAAGCACAAAAAAAUGGUAAAUAUUGAGUUAUAUGCAUAAUUCUUCAAACUAAUAAAGAUAUGUAGGGUGCAUUGUAUAUUUGGUUAAUGUUUGCUGAGGCUAAUGCUAUUUGAGAGUUAUUCAUACUAAAGGCUAACUUGUAUAUUACUCAUUGUAGACGAAAUGCAUGCAUUAAAAGUAAUUAUUUAGUUCUACUUUUAUAACUAAGAUUUGAAAUGUUAAACUUUACCUUGCAGGAGUCACUAUGAAAAUGUAAAAACUCAAAAUAAUGUCACAUUGCUUAUUACUAACGACCCUGAUGUGAUGGCCUCCCACUUAUGCUACACCUCUGAUGUCUCACUACAAAAUCAGACUAGAGUCAAGGCUUACUAGAUUGCCAUGCAUAUCUAUUCAUAAUGUUCAAAAGCUGUUCACAACAAUUUAGUAUAAAUUUUGUUACUUCUUACUUAGAAUGGCUGCUAUCUAAAGAGCUACCAUAUCUAUUUGCAGGAAGAAAUUAUAAGUAUCAUAUCAGAACUAAAAAUUAGUUUUCAUAUUUGAAGUACAUCAGUACUGGCUUUUAUUUAUUUCGUUUAUUUUCUUAUUUGUAGCACAGGAGUCAGUGGUUUGGAAGUAUGGUUAUUUUCAUCAAAAUGUUAGAUAAAUGAUUAACCAUUGUUAAAUGAUUCCUUCAGAACUGGAUAUGGCCUUUAAACAAAGAUGACUUAUAAAUGAUGAUGAUAGUUUUAUUAUGUUCAGUACAAUUACCAAAGUAAAUUACAAUAGUCAUAGGCAUGUGAAGAAAUUUGAAAUAUGAAAUGAAUAUAGAUUUCUAGAAAUGUAAUUCUGUUUCCCUACAGUUUGAUAAGUCAUUGCAGUGUUGUCAUGAUGACCCUUUUAACUUAUGUGUAUCUGAAUGUGGCAAAUCUUAUUGGCAGUAGCAGCUCGUGAUUAGGCUGAACCUCUUCUGGUUUCAGUAAAACUGACUUCAGACAAAAUGUAUGUUUAAUUUAUUAUUCAUUGAGUCACUGAGUGUGACAUUAGGUAUAUUUUGUGAACAGAUCUGAACCCUCACAAAGUCAUAUAUACAUAAUUGUGCACAUUCUCAGGUUCAAAACUUAAGAAGACAAUGGAUUUAUUUAACAAAAUUUCCAAUAACUUUUCUUUAUUGCUGGCUUUUCUCUUGAGGUGAUGCGCACUGUUCUGUCGAGAGAUUAGAAGUGCCUCAGGAGAUGUGUUUUUUUUGUGGUAGAUCACAAUUUCUAAAAAAAAUUACACAAGUAAAAUAGAAGGCAGCAAGCUACAAUGUUAUAGUAAAACAUCCAUAAAUCCUGAAGUGUCCAGGUGCUUUUAGAACUUGAUGUUAGCAAUGAAUAAGUUAUAAACAUAUUCAUGUAUGAAGUGACAACUGGUACAAAAUUUGCAGAAUUUGGUCUCGCAAUAUUGAACACUAUUGCUAACACAGCUAUGGUAUAAACCCAUAUUAUCGGAACUUAGUCAUAAUCUUCAUGAUGAAAAAUUUCAGUAACAUGGUAACUGAUAUCAACUAUAACUGUACCAUUGUGCAUUUUUUAUUUAUUUAUCAAGCAUCAUGUGCUAUGUAUUCAGUCUCAAAACCUAGAGUGCAUGUUGCUAGUGAAAGAUGAUGAUGAUGAUGUUUUUAGAGAUGGGAAACUGGCCUAGAAAAAAAAAAAAAAAAAAAAAAAAAAAAAAAGCCUACUCAAUUGCCAGUCCUCUUGCAGGUCAGUCAACUGAAAGAAAGGGACAUAUGUCUUGAGACCUCCCUCUUAAAAGAAGUCAAGUUGUAGGAAGUUGGAAAUACAGAAGCAGGAGUUCCAGAAUUUACCAGAGAGUGGUUUGAAUUACUGAAAAUACUGGUUAAUUCUUGCAUUAGAGAGCUGGACAGAAUAGAGAUAAAAAGAAAUAUGUUGUUAAAUGAAAGGCUCAUCCCCAAUUUUUCUCAAACCUUUUGUUGUGUUGCUAAAGAAAUAAGUACAUUGAUCUUCAUUAAUGAGAUAAUUAUAAAAAGAAUACAGCUGUAAUAUUUCAAUAGUUAUUGCAGUAGGUAAGAAGCAGUUAUUUAUGGCAAAUCAGAGGAAUUGUUUCAAUGGCAAUGAACAAGUGUUAACCAAUUAACCAUAACCAAGACUAUAUUAUGCAGAAAGUGUGCCAUAUGAGAUGAGAGAUGCCUUUAGCAAAUGUUUGCCUAUAUAUUUAGCAGGCUUAUAUACCUACAAUGGGUAACUGAAAAAAAAAUGAAAAUUGAAACAUGUAGUAUUGACAAGCCUGGUGUUGUUGAUUUUAAUUCAAUAUAGACAACAGUAAAAAUCCCAAUUCUACAGAGGAGUAUGAUGCAAAUUUGUAAGAAGGGUAGAUGUACUUAUAUUGAGCAAAGAGGCUCCUACAUUCUAGAUCAGAACUACAAUAGUUGGAAAUUACAUAUUGUGAAACUAACAUUGUUGCAUUUCUGAAUGUAAAUUCUAUACAUUUAAAAGCUAAUUUUGUGUUUAAUUAUUGUACAAUUAUAUUAGUUGGAUAAGUUUUGGUUUAGGCAAAAUAAUAUACCAUUUCCUGACUGAAUAUCAUAAUGUGUGUGUGUGUGUGUGUGUGUGUGUGUGUGUGUGUGUGUGUAUAUAUAUAUAUAUAUAUAUAUAUAUAUAUAUAUAUAUAUAUAUAUAUAUAUAUAUAUAUAUAUAUAUAUAUAUAUAUAUAUAUAUAUAUAAAACAUUUCUUGAAUAACAUACUAUAUUUAUGCAAAUCUCCUAAGGCACAAACAGUUGCAUAAAAGUUUUUAAGUGAAAUGUUUUUGCUAAUAUGACCAUCCAAACCCUCUUUAUUGUCUCAACAAUCAUUGCUGUAUAAAUUAACAAGAUGUAAAUUGAGUGUAUAACUGUUUGCAAUGAAGAAUAUUUAUUCAAUUAUUAAUUUGGUGAAAUUGUUGUUUGAACAUUCAUAGAUGAGGAGUGCAAAUUUUUUUUGAAGUUUAUUGUAUAUUUUAUAAAUCAACAUGACAGAUUUAAGUACCAGAUUAAGGUAGGUAGCUGAGAUGUCACACUUUGUCUUAUUGUAGGAAUAUGAAUACGAAAGAGGUGCUUGUGAUGAUUAAAGGAUGUGGAUCUCAAGAAUAACAAAGAAAACCUCAAAAAUGUUAAAACUUAUCUGUUACACCUGUUCUAUCUAUCGGUACUUAAUUGACGUAAAUAUUUGUUAUGUAUGUGUAUGAUUGUUAUAUUCAUCAAUGAUGAAUAGUUGCAUUUUGUUGUUCCUAUAUAGUAUAUUAGCAUUAUAUUUGGUCUGUUACAAGAUUCUAUUGAAUGCAAAUAUUAUUCUUUUUAUAUUUUGUUCAAGUAGUUUUUUUCACAAGUAAAAUAUUGACACUGACCAUUAAUGUGAGUCUUCCCAGUCACACUUAAAGCUUUUGACAGCUACAUUCAUAUCAGUGAUAACAGUAUUGUUAUUAAUUGCGCUUGAACAUUUAGAAAAGAUGUACAGGAAUUUCUCAUUCAUACCAUAGAUAAAACUGUAUUUUUAUAGUUGAAGGUUACUAGCUUCAUACUUGAUAUUUCGGUUUAACAUGUUCGAGGAUAUAUCUAGAAUAUUUGUAUUGAAGCUGCUUCUAAGGACCCAAUGUGUCUAAGACAAAAUGUCUGAUGUUCUGUUUAGAACUUGAAAUUAAUCUUUUCCUUGUUCAUUUGCCCUGAUUGUAUAUUUGUACAUAAUAAAUGUCACUUAAAAAGUCA